AUGGGUAUAUGUGGAGGUUAAGGGAAGAAAAUCUCUAAGCUAACUCUUGAAUAAACUAAGGAUUAAACAGGAACAACUUCAAAUAAUGAGAACCUAGGAUCCUCAAAAUAAUCGAGAUUCGUUAAACAAUUUACAGAUUUCAAAGUUGAUCCAUCGAUAUUUGUUACAUUGAAGAAGGGAGAUCUAUUAAAUUCUUAUAAAAUAGAUUAGAUUUUAGGAGAAGGUAUCAAAAACUAAUAGUUUAUAAAGGAACUUAUGGUAAAGUAAGCCUAGUAACAUAAAAAGGAACAGGAAUUUAAAGAGCUAUGAAAUAAAUUCGAAAGGAUAAAAUAGUUAUUGAAUAGAAGGAUAGAUUGAUAUAAGAAGUGUCUAUACUCAAAGAAUUAGAUCAUCCAAAUAUUGUUAAUAUUUAUGAAUUAUAUGAAGAUGAAACUUUUUAUUAUAUUAUCACAGAGUAUGCUUUAUUAUUUCAAUAGAUUUUAAGAUAUUUGAGUGGAGGAGAGUUAUUUGAGAAAAUAAAUCAGAUAGAUCAUUUCAAUGAAACCAUAGCUGCAGGAUAUAUCAGAAAAAUUUUAGAAGCAGUUAAUUAUUGUCAUACUCGUAAUAUUGUUCAUAGGUAUGAGUAUAAAAAUUAUUAUAAUUAGAGAUUUAAAACCUGAAAAUAUUUUAUUUGAAUCUAAGAAAUCACAUUCUAGUUUAAAGAUUAUUGAUUUUGGAACAGCUAAGUAAAUUGCUGAUUCAAAUAAAUUGUCUCAAAGAAUAGGAACAGUAUAUAUAAUUAAUUAUCUUAUAAAGCCAUAUUAUAUUGCUCCUGAAGUAAUCAAUAAGCGUUAUGAUUAAAAAUGCGAUGUUUGGUCUUGUGGUGUUAUAUUAUAUAUUAUGCUAUGUGGUUAUCCUCCUUUUAAUGGAUAAAAUUAAUAAGAAUUAUAUUAAAGAAUAUAAAGUGGUAUUUUUUCAUUUGAUGGUAAAUAAAUGUUUAAAAAUUCAAAGAACCUGAAUGGGAAGACAUUUCUGAAGAUGCAAAAAACUUAAUUAAGAAAAUGUUGGUAACGGAUCCUGAAAUUAGGAUUUCUGCAUCUGAAGCUUUAUGUCAUGAAUGGAUGGUUAUUAAUCAAAAAGACAAGAAAAUUAACUCAAAAUCUUUAGAAAAAUUAGCUAAAUUUCAUGUAAAUUUAAUUUUUUUACAUAAGAGCUAAAGUAAAUUAAAAGCAGCUAUAAUGUAACUUAUUACAACAUAGAUUAUGUCUAAUACAGAAAAAAAGAAAAUUUAAACUUAAUUUAAAAAGAUAGAUGUUAACAAAGAUGGUACAUUGAGUAGAGAAGAACUUCUUAAAUGUUAUAGAGAAAUAUAUGAUGAUGAAAUGAAAUGUUAAGAUAUAGUUGAAAAUCUAUUUUAAUAAGCUGAUGUUAAUGGAUCUAAUUAAAUUGAUUACACUGAAUUCAUAGUUGCCUUUGCAAAAAAAGAAUAAUUGAUGGCUUAGAAUAAAUUAGAAAAAGCAUUUAGACUUUUUGAUAAAGAUGGAAAUGGAUACAUAAGUAAAUAAGAAUUAUAAGAAAUAAUGGGAGGAGCUUAAUUAAGUGAAGGUGAAUGGAAUAAUGUAUUUAAUGAAUUAGAUCUAAAUGGAGAUGGGAUUGUAAACUUUUAAGAAUUUACAGAAAUGCUCAUCAAAAAUGCUAAUGAAUAAGAUUGA